UAUAUUUUAUUACAUUGUAGAUCAAUUAAUAAUCUGAAUUAAGAUUUAAAAAAAUAAUAUGAACAAACAUUACGAUAUCAAUGCAAUUGCCAAACAUGCAAAUAUAUAUUACAAAGACAAUCAAGGUGUUCCGUAAUUAUUUUUCCUACUAUCUUUUUACUUCCGCUAUAUGUAUUUUGUGUAUUGCACAAUCCAUUGAAAUAUGCCCUCGGCGCGCAUGUUUUGUAAACAUUGAAGAUCGAAAUGGAGGGGACAAUGUGUAGCUGUCGCCAACUAUUACUCGAAGUCUAUGACAAAAUGAACUGUGACGAUUUCCGAAUUCUUACUUUUCUCGCAAAAGACCGUGUCAACAGAAAGAGGCGAAAGGAAAAUGAAAACAUUCUUGAUUUUUUCGACCUUCUUGAGAGAAAAGCGAUCAUCAAAUGCGGGCCCGAAGAAAUCGACUUGUGGUUUUUGAAGCAAGCGUUUCUGCUCAUUGGGAGAAACGAUCUUGUGUCUACAUUAGUCAGAGUUGGAAGAGGAUCAUGUAAACAGCCAGAGGAAGGAUUAUUUGUAAACAUAAGAAGAAAACUGCUGUAUCAAGUGGGAGAAGAAACCGGACAAGAAGAGUUACAGAACUUGAAAGCGUACCUGUCCUCCAAAGUAGGGGUCGGGAAGAGGACCCUGGAUCUGAUCCAGGACGUCUGGGAUUGUCUGGACGUCCUGGAGGAGAGACUGUCCGACUCGGAAAUGUUUCCGUUGCUGAAAACCGUAUAUGCGGGGGAUAAAAACCUAUCGGGAUUACUGGACGAUUUUAUAAAAGGUAUUGCCAUUGUUGGAGCGACUGGCGGACAGACUGAUAAGGCCCCUGUGCAAGAAGUGGGUGAGCAUGUUCAGGCACAAACCCACGCCCUGGGCACUCAGGUCGAAGAUAGGACGGGGUCAGAAGAGGCCACCUUCGACCCAACUCCCAGCGGUGGUUCCACCAUGACCGCGGACGGCGCCCUCAGUGGAUUCUCCGCCACCACUCUGCCGUCUCGACUUGGGGCCUAUGACAAGGGGAAAAAUGCAGGAAUCUGCAUUAUCUUCAAUAACGAAAUAUUUGCCAAUACAAAUACACACCCUACCAGAAACGGAACAAAUAAGGAUAGGGACUUGCUGGAGUACUCAUUCAAAUUGUUUGGGUUUGAUGUACGAGUGUACAAUAAUACAACGUGCCAGGAAAUCAGUUACAUACUAGGAGAGAUUCAACAGAUAGACCAUAAGGAUAAUGGAGCCUUGGUAGUCUGCACCCUGAGUCACGGUAACUUGAACGUGGUAUCUGGUGCCUGUGGCCAGGAUCUUCUAAUCAACUCCAUGACGUCACUCUUCCGCGCCGACAACUGUCCUAGCUUGGCGGGAAAACCUAAAUUUUUCAUCUUUCAAGCCUGUCAAGGAAAAGACACUCAAGAUGUCUGGCAUCAAACAAAUGCGCCUGUCAUGGCAGAGAGCGACACGAAUUUGUUUCCCAAUAGUCCUAUGGCGGAAGUGAUGACGGAAGUUCCUCAUCUACAUCAACUGAAUUUGGCGCCCGCGGAGGCCGAUUUCCUGAUCGCUCACUCCACGAUGCCGGGUUACGUUUCCUUUCGGAAUGACAAGGGGUCUUUCUUUGUUCAAUCCCUUGUCAAGCAUCUAAAAGCACACUCACCCAGAGAGGACGUCAUAUCCAUUCUGGUGGAAGUCAACCGUGACGUCAGUCAAACAAUCGGACAAACUAGUGGAGGACAAAUAGCGGCCCAGAUUCCGGAACCCAAAGUCCGGCUGACUAAGAAAUUCUACCUGUUUCCUGUUGAAACCGAGGUCUAGGCUAGACCAAACGGGGAGGGCGGACUCAUGCAGCAGCCUGAUUGUUCGUAACCCGCCGCUGGCCAGAUGCUGCUCUAAAUGAAUUGUUAGUUUGUACAUGUAUUUAAAUUUAUUGCUACGGUCAGUGAUCGUCCCAAGCCGAUGUUUUUUUUUAUGUUAGUGCACACAAUAUUAUGUAUAAUAUCUAGAAUCUUAUACUUCAAUAUCUAUAUAUUGUAUAUAUUUAAAUAAUCAAUGUAUAAAAUCUGGUAUAAUAAUGAUAAGUUUCAGAAUAUCUAUAGAUACAUGUAUACUGUAAUAAAAUUGGUUUUCUUAA